AUGGCACGUACAGAUAUUCUCAACCGUGUCAAUGGAAGAUCUGCGCUUGACUACAGACCCAUUUAUUUGCAAGUGGACAUUAUUCCCAACGCCAGUGGAAGUGCAUUGAUCGAGUGCGGUAACACGAAAAUCGUGUGCGCUGUACAUGGCCCUCGUCAAGUCCGUGGUCGUCAAUAUUCUGGUAAAGCUGAACUGAACGUGCAAUUUCAGAUGGCACCAUUCAGCUUGAGACAACGACAGAAACCAGGAAAAGAUACGGAGAAAUCUGGACCUGCUUCUCUAAUUCAACAGGCUCUACUACCAGCUGUUCGGCUAGAACUACUUCCAAAAUCUUCUAUUGAUGUAUAUGUUACAGUUUUGGAUUCCGACACGUCUGAACUUGGCUACUCUUCGCUCGGGGUGACGGCUGCAAGCGCAGCUUUAGCCCAAGCGGGUGUUGAAAUGCUGGGUUUUGUGACUGGCUCUACAGCAUCACUGAUGUAUUCACUCCCGGUGAAUGGUGCUACUCAUCAACAAUGGCUAGUUGAUCCGUCACAAUCGGAAGCUAUUCACUCCAGCACACAUUUGAUGAUCUGUACGAUGCCCGCGUUGGGUAGAACAACAUGUUAUACACUACAAGGACCCGUGCAGCAAGUAUCUUCUAUCAAGGAGGCGUGA